AGAAGCCUCAACAUCAAGGGCCUUCGAGUCUUCCCAGGUCUGUGUAAACGGCGAUAGUUAUGCGAUCGUUGGAAGAAUCAAGGAAACGAUGGGACUUUACAAUAAAGCACGCUGUAAGCCUCGAUGGCUUGAGGAAAUCGCUCAAGAAGGAUGGAGAUGAGAGCCCGUGUGUAACAGGCCUCCGUUCAGUCUGCUGGAAGGCUUUCUUGUUGUUCCAAAGUACCGAGGUCACGGGAUGGUCGCGAGCCUUGAUAGACUCUCGGAGUGCAUACGCCUCACUUCGAGAGCAUUUUCUUAGAUAUAUCGAGAAUCCAGAUGAGCUCGGCUCUGCUCUAGAUCCCUUGGACGAUGAUCAGAACUCUCCAUGGCAUACUUUGAGGAAGGACGAAGAGAUUCGAGCCGAAAUCUUUCAGGAUGUAGAGCGAUGUAUGCCGGAAGAACCCUAUUUUCGAAGUCCAGAAACGCAAAGAAUGUUACUAGACAUUCUAUUCAUCUUCUGCAAAAUCAACCAAGAUGUCGGUUAUCGGCAAGGCAUGCACGAAGUCCUAGCACCUAUUCUAUGGGUUGUUGAACAAGAUGCCAUUGAAAACGCUCCCCAAAAGGAUCAGAACUCUGUAAUGGAGCAGAUUUUGGAUGCUACUUAUAUCGAGCAUGAUGCAUUCACUCUCCUAUCCUUGAUUAUGCGAUCAGCGAAAUCAUUUUAUGAGCUAGCGGAGCCUGAUCGAAGAGUGAGCACUCCAUUAGGAGGAGGCAAAAGCCCAGAGCAGGGCGCUUCUCCUAUUGUUGAGAGGAGCAAGCGAAUUCAUGAGGUUUAUUUAGCCAGACUGGAUCCUGAGCUUGCGAAACAUCUGUCAGACAUUGAAGUGCUACCACAGAUUUUUCUCAUACGGUGGAUUCGACUGUUGUUUGGGCGGGAAUUUCCUUUCGAUGAAUUAUUAGCUUUAUGGGAUACGUUAUUCGCAGAAGAUCCCGGCCUAGAACUUAUCGACAUGGUCUGUGUGGCCAUGCUUCUGAGGAUCCGAUGGCAAUUCAUCAAAGUGAUCGAGUCAAAUUAUUCAUUCGCUCUAAUGCUACUGCUCAAGUAUCCUUCCCCAGAGGCUCCAAACGGACCCAAGUCGUUCGCGGAUGACGCCACAUAUCUUCGUGAUAACUUCAGUGCCAUUGGAGGGGCAAAUAUAAUCAGCAAGUACAGUGGGAAAACACCACCCAUGAACUCAUCAUCAUUAAGACCUUCAACACCUCUUGGCCAAGCCCUCAGUCCAAAACGCAGCACGAGGUCCCCGCUACCCAGCCCUGCCAGAUUCUUGCAGCAGCAAGGAGGAGUCGAAGCUCUAUUUCAAGGAGCCGCCAAAGGUGUCUUUGAUCGUGGUGAGAGGCUUGGAAUUAAUCAAGCCGUCCGCGACGCUGUGGGAGAAGUAAAGAAGAACAUGCAGGGUCUGCAGGCUUCACGAAGCAAUUCUGGGCGACGAGCACCCUCGGAUGCCAACAGAUGGUCGCUCGAUGAAGGAAAGUCAAUUCCAUCCCCGAGAGUCACCAUUGCCGCCAUCAAUGCACGAAACCAACAGUUAGCCGUCAUGCUUGGGCAGGCCAUGAUCGAUCUUCGAGCGGUGUCCGUUUCACCAGAUGGCAACACAGACAAGUACGUGAAAGCGAUAGACCUUGCGAUAGCAAAGGUUGAAUUUGUAAAAGUUUACCUGGAGGACUCAACCAUCCCUCUGCCAGAGGAUGCCUCACAUCCCACUCAAUCGCCUCCACUCCCAACCACCACCCCACAACCCCCACCUCCAGAUCCUUUACAAGUCACAACGCCUAAGCCGCCGGGCUCACCAUCCUCAAAUCCAGCAGCCCAAAACACAACAGUUGUUGCGGACACGCCACUUCAACCCAGCCCAAUUCCAGACCAAUCUUCCAAGCCCGAGCCUCCCCAAAUAGACCUGCCAGAAGAGGUGCUAAAAGACAUAACUCAACCAGUAGAGGGAGGCUUAGCAAUCCGACCGAAAGCGCCUGUGCCAACCAGAUCCAGCAUUGCACAAUCAAGUUUUUCAUGGAUGCUGGAACCAGAUGUCUCUCUAGGCUCUACUCAUAAGUCCUCACCUCCUAAAUCCGGAUCUCCAUUCCUCAAAUCUAGUAGACGACCGACUUCGGGGCCGAACAGAGAAAAGGCCGCUUUCCUUUUUGGUGAAGACGGAGGAGAAUCCAACAUGAGCGUUGGCAGGCUACCUUUAGGCAAUGUGGAGGAGGGUUUCAACUUAGGUACCAUUAAAGGCCACAAUACGGAGUGA